AUGCUUCUUCAUGCUUCAUGCAAAUCUGCUACAACAAAUGGAGUGAAGAAGGCAUUACGGGAAAAUAUAAUAGCUAGAGUUGGAGUCCCAAAGGUUUUACUCACAGACAAUGGAUCACAGUUUAAUAGUAGAGCAUUGAAGCAGUUUCUCGAAAACUUUCGUCACCAAUUUACAGCACCAUACACUUCCCAAGAGAAUCGGGUUGAACGCACCAAUCGAACGUUAAAAACAAUAAUCACACAAGUGUCAGAACAAGAGCAACGUAAAUGGGACGAGCAUCUACCUGAAAUAAUGUUAGCACUCAACUCCAGUGUAUCCACAUCUACGGGUUACAGUCCAGCUUAUAUUAUACACGGAAGAACCCCCAGACUCCCAAGUGCACUCUUCGAUGAACCUACACUUGGAACAAACUGCGCACCGAUACCCCCUGAAACCAAGCAACACGAAAUGCAUGAAAUACAACAAAUUGUGAAGCUUAACCUACAGUCAGCUUCCCAAGACCAAGCCAAGCACUAUAAUUUACUAAAUAGGGCACGGAAACCAGAGAUUGGCGAUAUGGUUUUUGCUAAAACGCAUCCUCUAUUCAACGCUCAGGCUCAUUUUGCUACAAAACUGGCACCUAAGUUCUCAGGACCCUAUCAGGUGGUCAAUUUUAUAUCAUCAGUCAUUAUCAAACUCAAGCAUAUGCAAACACAUAAAGAGAGUAGAGCUCAUAUUAGCGAACUAAAAACAUAUUACCACGAAUAA